AUGAUAUUCGCAAAAGUAUGUUUGGCUCUGGCCCUCCUGAUCGGUGCUGAUGCAUACUCUAGCGGUGCACCAGAGAGCGCUUGUAAGGACAUGAUUCCACGCCACCCUGUUGAAGCGCAGAAGAGACCAGCCCCAUACAAAAUCACCACCAGCACUAAGGUCGUCAAAGCUGGAACACCAAUGGAAGUGACAUUAUCAGGAAACUCUCCCUCGGAUACCAUUCGUGGUAUCAUGCUGCAGGCUAGAGGAAGCGAUGAUAAGCCAGUCGGAACCUUUACUGUCUCCCCCAACGAUCCCUUGGCCAGACUUAUGAAAUGCGACAACAAAGGAGACACUAUCACACACAAGAAACACGACGCUAAGGAAGACAAGCAAACGGUCACAUUCACAUGGACACCACCUGCAACCCUUAACGACGUCGUUAAAUUCAGAGGCACCAUCGCCUUAAACGGCGCCGUCUUCUGGGUGGGAGUUGAAUCCGCACCUGUCAAAGUAUCAGCGUAA